UGCCUGUCUCUGUGUUGGAUUGCUCUGGUCUGGUCUCCGGUGUGUUGUUAGCCGUUAGCUGCUGCUGUCCGUCUGUACACGGUUUUGUUUCAUCACCGGAGCACCGGUGGAACCUUUAACCGAACACACCGCUGGAAUAUUAAACACCGAACCCGGGACCAAGCAUGUCCACUGCACUGGAAAGCUACAUUAACCGAACCGUGGCCAUCGUCACGUCAGACGGCAGGAUGAUUGUGGGCACUCUGAAGGGCUUCGAUCAGACCAUCAACCUGAUCCUGGAUGAGAGUCACGAGCGAGUGUUCAGCUCCAGCCAGGGGGUGGAGCAGGUGGUGCUGGGACUCUACAUCGUCCGAGGCGACAAUGUGGCGGUGAUCGGGGAGAUCGACGAGGAGACGGAUUCCACUCUGGAUUUAGGAAACAUCAGAGCUGAGCCGCUCAACUCUGUCGUCCACUGACCUCUGACCCCUGAUGACAGUGUGACUAUGUUGUGUUAAUAAAGGUUUAUGGCAGUCUGUUCUGAGUUAUCUGGGAUCAGCGGGCGCCUCCUGAGACAUAAAAACUCGUCCCGAUAACUCGCUCGUCUGCUUCCCGUCUCCGACUCACGUUUUCUGUUUGUACUUUUAUAAAUAAACGAGAUGCUGAAAAUGUUGGAGGAACUUUUUUUUGUGUUCCAACUCUUUUUGUCAGUGUGAGAUUGUUAAUAAAGUUUGUUGUAUUCUGAAA